UUGACGCACCUGGGUGUGCCACUUGGGUGCGUGUCUGAUAAUUGCAAGAGGGCCGGAAACGGUGGAAAAAAGAGAAAGAGGUUUAUACAGUGACUCGAUCCUGCAACAUAUAAUAAUUAAUUGGUGCUGUAUUUUUUUUUGUUUGUUUUUUUUUUUGGAUUGAUUUUAAAAUAAUCGAGGGAAUGAUGGACGUGGGACGUUUCAGAAGGUAGAACUCCAUGUGAUUUAAUCUGCCUACAGAAGACUACUUGUCAAAUCUGAAUGUAAACUGUGAAGUAGAGGGAGGAAGGAAUUAAAAGCCAUCGCCAUGGAUUUUGUUAUGAAGCAAGCUUUGGGAGGGGCCACCAAAGACAUGGGGAAGAUGUUGGGGGGUGAUGAAGAGAAAGAUCCUGAUGCUGAAAAGAAGGAGGAAGAAAGACAGGAAGCCCUUCGGCAGGAAGAAGAGGAAAGGAAGGCAAAAUAUCAAAAAAUGGAAGCUGAAAGGGAAACGAUGCGACAAGGCAUUCGGGAUAAGUAUGGUAUUAAGAAGAGAGAGGAAAAAGAAGCUGAAGCUCAGGCAGCUAUGGAGGUGGCAGCAGAGGGGAGUCUUACUCGCCCAAAGAAGGCAAUACCUGCUGGCUGUGGCAAUGAAGAAGAGGAGGAGGAUGAAAGCAUUCUAGACACUGUCAUGAAAUAUCUUCCUGGUCCCCUCCAAGACAUGUUCAAAAAGUAACAGGGUUAAAGCUAUUAGAUUGUUACCUUUUGUUUAUAAGGCAAAUAUGUUCUCCCCGGGAGAUUUAGAACACAGUCCCAAGUAUACCAUGGUCCACCUGUUAUUUUUUGUUUUUUGUGUGUGUGUGUGUAAAUAGCCUCUAGUUUAAACAAAAGAAAGAAAUAACCUCUGAGUAUAAGCCAUACUUUUACCUUUUAAGAAAAGCUCAGAGUCAUAUCAUGUUGUUGUACAAGUUUCGUUGUUAUUUCAAGCAUUUAUCUAACCUUCUAUAGUGCUAAACAUAUUUCCUAAAUGUAACAUUAUAUGGUAAAAAGGCAAAAAAGUAUGCAUUAUAUUGGAAUAACAACUCAUUUAUUUAUUUUUUUCAAGCAUGCCAAUGUUCAAGUCAUUUGUGAAUAUCUGUACAACUGAUUUUCAGUGAAUUGCAUAAAGGAUUAAGGCAAUAA